UUCAAGAUGGCGGAAGCUGCAGCUCAAACCGUGUUGGACAGGAUCAGCCAGGGACAUCUGGAAUGUCCGAUCUGUUGCUGUCGAUUCACGGAUCCCAAGAUGCUGGACUGUCUGCACAGCUUCUGCCUGAAGUGUCUGGAAGAGAUGAUGAGCAAACAGAAGUCAGAGGCAGAGAAGAUAACAUGUCCAGUCUGCAGGAGAGAGACGCAAGUUCCUGAUGGAGUAUUGCAGAGCCUGUCUUCCAGCUUCUUUUUGAUUUCUCUUGUCGAUGAAAUAAACAAACAAGAGAAGUUAUUAGGGAAGUCAUUAACUACUAGUGCGACGUGUAAAUCGUGUGAUGAAGGACAUGAAGCUGUAUCAAGAUGUCUUGACUGCAUGGCGAACAUCUGUAAGAAAUGCCAAGAGGCUCACCAGUUUCUGAAAUAUACCAAAGACCAUCGCAUCAUUCCUGCAGAGGAAUUGGACAAAUCGAGGGUUUUACCUGCGGAUCUUAGCAAGUCUGUCGCACCAAAAUGUAGAAAGCACAUUGAUCAGUCCUUAUGCUUUUACUGUGGAAGCUGUGAUAUAUUGAUUUGCUCAAUGUGUGCUGCAACAGAACACCGGACAGCCGAUCACAAGUACACUGCCAUCUAUGACGCCAUCACAUCAUUCCGUGAGAGUGUCGACGACAUUUUGCAAAAGUUCGAUAAAAGCAAAAGGCAAUUUGCAUCAAACGAAGACUCAAUCACACAUGCACGAAAACGAUUACAAAAGAAUCUUGCUCAGGCUCGUAGAGAUAUUUAUGCAAAGGCGGAAGCAGAGAUCGCUAAAAUCAGAAACAAAGCAAAGCGUCUCACCGAAAAGGUCGACGAAAUCGGUCAGGAGAAAGACAGUGAGUACGAAAAAGCGCUCAUGCACAACCGUGACCAGAUGGAACGCGCAGAUCAGAUCGUCACGGCCGUAAAUGACUUGAUGAGACAAGCCGAUGAUUUCGAACUUUUGGAGCUCAAGCCGAAGGUGAUGCACAACUUAGAAUUCCAGAAGGAGCUCAAGUGCGAACCGGCAAAAGUGAAUAUGGCAUUCAUAGGAGUCAAAUGUCAAAAUGUAGUCAGCAACACGGCUCUGGGCGAACUACUGCUCAAAGAGAAAUGGAAGUUGAAGAAGACGUUCGGUAAGGAAGGCAUGGGUGACGGGCAAUUCCAGUGGGCCAAUGGUGUUGCAUGUUUCAACAACGGGAAUAUUGCUUUAACUGAUACAACCCAAAAACGGCUAUCAUUGUUUACCUCCACUGGGUGUUACAAAACAUCGAUUGCUCGAGGAACCGAUUGUCGUGAACUGGAAGCUCCUUCUCGCGUCGCGGUGACCCAAGAUGAUCUGCUGUUCGUCACGGACCAAAAGAAAGUGAAGGUUUUUGAUACCGAGCUAAAGUUUGUUCGCGAGUUUACACCUUCGGUUGACGACGCAGAAGGAUUAUCAAAGAGCGACCUCCGUGGUAUUGCUUUGGACAAGCAACGAGUAGCAUUACUUGACAAGGGAAGAAAGGUCAUCAGCGUCCACAACUUGGACGGAUCGUUGAUUGCAAACACAUCAAUAAACAUGGUUGGAUAUCACAUUGCAAUGAGCAGCACAGGGCGGAUGGUAUUCACAACUUACGAGAAGAAUAGUUUACUGUGUGUGAACUUUAAGGGAAAUGAGGUGUUUAAUGUAAUGCCAUUAAUCAAUGGGAAAUCAGCGAAACCGACUGGUGUCCUGUGCGAUGAUGAUGGGAGCAUCUAUGUUGCUCUUCACUCCUUCAAAUUGGGUAGCGCUGAAGUGCAUCAUUACGAUUCGAAUGGUGCAUUCAUGGCAACAGUUGCUCAAGGGUUGUACAAUCCCUUAGGAAUGGCAUUCACCCCCGCUGGUGACGUCGUUGUCGCAGACAAACACUCGGUCAAGAUCUUUGAGCGGAUGUAAUCUGCUUCACUAAAGACAAUGGCCCUGGUCAGCAUAAGCGUUGCCUGAAAUCCAAAAACAUCUACGAAAUGUUUAAAACAGUCGUGUAGACCAAAACAGACUAUUUCGAAGAACUGAUUUGUAAAGCAACCUAGCGAUACCUUUGCCUGUGAUAUUCGAUUUACUUAAUUUUAAACAUCCAAAUAUGUGAAACGUGGUUGGCAAUAUCCGCUGUUACAGUUGACAUUCUGCGGAGAGAUCUUUGAGUUAAUCUGAGUCAAUCAGGUCUGUAUAUUUUGCGUAAAUAUUUUUCCUUUUACCGUCGAGAAGAGCAUUAUAAUAGUUUCAG